CAGGGUGGUCCUGAUGAGAUCGCUGUUGCUGGGCGAGCUGCGGGGGCUGGAGAUGCUCGUGGACCAUGGAGACGGACCAGCUGACUUUCAGCGAUGUGGCCAUUGAUUUCUCUCCGGACGAGUGGGAAUGCCUAGAUGCUCCUCAGCAGAGUCUGUAUAGGGACGUGAUGUUGGAGAACUACAGAAACCUGGUGUCUGUGGCUCUUUCUCAUCAUUGUACCCAGAACUUUCCACCAGAACAGAUCCUAAAAUACUCCUUUAAAAAUGUGACUAACGGAAGAUGCGGAAGUUACGGCCUUAAAAGUUUAAGAAAUUGGGCAAAUACAGAUGAGGAUCGAGGCCAAACAGCCUGCCGUGGUGGACGUAACCAGUGUGUGCUCUCUAGCAAUAGCAGAGGUGUCAUCGACAACAGAGACCAAGAGCAGAAAACAGCUACGAAAAGAACUCACGUUAGGACAGGUGCUCUUGGAGAGCCACUUAUCUAUAAACAAAAAAUUCCACAGGAGACUUCUCAGCGUAACUUAACUUUGAAAAGUUUGGAAGACCUGAGAGGGGCAUUAAUCUUGCACUCAAACAUUUCCAUGGACAAAGAAUUGAGAAACAGAGAACCGCUCUCUAGAACUGGUUGGGUAGACACUUCCAGUCCUGAAAGAUCCUUACUCUUCAGUCAGCAAGUAGAUCUUCCCUAUGGCCAAGUGCACAGUUCUAACGAUUGUGGACUGCUGGCUACGGUUCCAUUAUUACAUAACCAAAAUCCAGAUACAGAUACUUGGAAAACUACAAACGUGUGUGAAGAAACCAGCGAAACUUUCAGUAAUGGCACUACACUAAACAAUUGCAAGGAUAUGAUUGUUUUAGAGAAAUCUGGUCAGUGUAACAAAGUGCGUCGUAACUUGGACCGUGGCUCCAGUCCCAGCAAACAUCAGUGUACUCUGUUUCCAGAGAACCUUUUCAGCUGUGAAAAUUUCUUCUCCCAGGACUCAAAGUUUACUGUCCGUCAAUGUAACUAUAUUCAAGAUAAACAUUACAAGCAUAUAGAUUGUGACUCAAUGUUUAAUCAUCCCUCAAACCUUACUACACAUAAAAUUCAGUAUGCCCAGAAAUCCUACAAAUGUAAUGAAUGUGGCAAAGCCUUUAAGUAUUGCUCAAGUUACACUAAACACAGCAUAGUUCACACGGGAGAAAAACCCUACAAAUGUAAAUUAUGUGGGAAAUCCUUUACCCAGUGUACAAGCCUUAAAAAACAUCAGAGAAUCCACACAGGAGAAAAACCCUACAAAUGUGAAGAGUGUGGCAGAAGCUUCAACCACUGCUCAAUUCUUAGUCAGCACCAGAGGAUUCACACAGGAGAGAAACCCUACAAAUGCAAACAGUGUGGGAAAUCCUUUACCCAGUGUGCAAGCCUUAGAAAACACCAGGUAAUCCACACUGGAGAGAAGCCCUACAGGUGUGCAGAAUGUGGCAAAGCCUUUACUCAAAGCUCAACGCUUAGUGAACACCAGAGGAUCCACACCGGAGAGAAACCUUACAGAUGUGAACAGUGUGGAAAGUCCUUUACCCAGUGUUCAAGCCUCAGAAAACACCAGAGAAUCCACACUGGAGAGAAACCCUACAAAUGUGAGGAAUGUGGCAAAGCCUUUAACUGCCGGUCAUCUUUUACUAAACACCAGAGAAUUCACACAGGAGAGAAACCUUACAAGUGUAAAGAGUGUGGCAAGGCUUUCAUCCAUUGCACAAACCUUACCCAACACCAGAGAAUCCAUACAGGAGAGAAACCCUACAAAUGUGACGAGUGUGGGAAAUGCUUUAGCCAGUGUUCAAACCUCAGAAAACACCAGAGAAUCCAUACGUAAAUAAAGCCUACAAAUGUGAACAAUGUAGUAAA